AUGUUGGAAGGGAAAGCUAGCAUAAAGGAAACUGACAUGCCAGAAAAGAUGCAGAUGCAAGCCAUGGCUUGUGCUUCUCAAGUCCUUGAUAAUCUCCAUGACGUUUUUGAUUGCAUAUCUAUUGCUGCCCACAUCAAGAAGGAGUUUGACAAGAUGUAUGGAAGUGGCUGGCAAUGUGUGGUGGGUUCUAACUUUGGUUGUUUCUUCACUCAUGCACCUGGGACUUUCAUAUACUUUUCCCUGGAGACCCUCAAUUUCCUUAUCUUCAAGGGAGCCUCUUCGUGA